UAUGCAGACGACACAGCUCUUGUCUCAGAAACUAUUAAUGUAUUGCAGGAAAAUCUUAACACUUUGUACGUAUAUGCAUGUAAAUGGUACAUAGAGGUGAAUGUUGAGAAAACAAAAAUAGUUGUAUUUAGAAAGGGAAACAAACUCCCGAAACAUUGUACAUGGUUAUAUAAUAGUAAACCUAUAGAAGUUGUGAACAGUUUCAAUUACCUGGGGGUGAAUUUAUUUUAUAAUGGUAAAUUUGUUAAAGCUCAGUCAAGAAUAUCAUCUCAAGGGAAUAAGUGUAUGUUUAAUAUACUUAAUAUAUGUAACAAAAAUUCACUAAAUAUUGAAGCUAAAUUAAAUGUAUUUGAUUCCUACGUCUCACCUGUUCUAAAUUAUGGUUGCGAAAUAUGGGGUUUUAGA